AUACAGCUUGUUUCCAUUCGCCUCUCUCCCCUCCUAUCUCUGUUCACAAGUGUAUCCGCGGCCUCCAGUUGCAAUUGGAGCGGCGUGUUGCCGACCAUUCCCCGCCUGCAAGUUAGCACAACGCCUCCGUCACUUCUUUCUCGACUUGUCGACCAUAACUGCGAGAGGAAGAGGAAGCCUCGGAAACACAGUAGCCGCGGCUGCAAAGGGGAAACGGGAGAGUAGGACUUUUUCUGCUUUUUUUUUUUUACUUAUUGUUUUUUUUAUUAAAUAAAAAUAAAAUCUAGAAAAACGGGAUUGCGAAAUGCUACUUCAUUAUCCCGUCUCAUUUUUAUAAACCCUCCUGGUCGGCUGGAGAGGGAGAUGCGCCCAGUUUGAGUGCUAUUUUCUUCAGACAAAAGAUAGGGGUUAAAAAAAAGGUUUUGGUGUCCCAAUCAAUGGAUAAAGUGGGAAAGAUGUGGAACAACCUGAAGAACAGAUGCCAAAACCUGUUCCAUCCCAGAGGUGGGAGCAGAAGCGAAAACAUGGACAUGAACUUCAACCGGUGCUCUUUGGAGGAUGAUGGAGACACCUGUCUUUCCGAUACCCCUUCCCAAAGACUGCGCAGCCCGCAGCGGGGAAUCUGCCCUGUGCCCCUGCAUAACGCAGCCCGGAGGAAUCCAAACUGCGUCUCGGAGGUCCCUCAGAUUGUGGAGAUCACGAUAGACCAGGACAGCGAGGACCUGCGCACCCGGACAGGACCGCGCCUGGCCCGCCGAGACUCGUACACGCGACAUGCCCCUUGGGGGAGCAAGAAGAAACACUCAUGCUCCACAAAGACCCAGAGCUCUCUGGAGACAGACAAGCGUUUUAGCAGGACCCGCGGGGGGCUGCAGCGACGGGAGCGGAGGUACGGAGUCAGCUCCAUUCACGACAUGGACGCUGCCUCCAGUAGGUCUCUGAGCAGCCUCUCCCUCCGGCAGAGGUUACAGGACACCGUGGGACUCUGCUUUCCCAUCCGAUCUCACUCUCGCUCUACCAAGGCUCAGUUUUCGACUAAACGGAAGAUCCACCUGUCAGAGCUCAUGCUCGAGAAAUGCCCCUUCCCCUCUGGCUCGGACCUGGCCCAGAAGUGGCACCUCAUCAAGCAGCACACGACUCCGGCCAGCCCCCAGGUGACCACCCUGCUGGACGCUUUCGAACCCGCCAUCGCCUCCACCGAGGACGAGGAGGACCGGCUGCGGGAGAGGAGGAGGCUCAGCAUCGAGGAAGGAGUUGACCCGCCUCCCAACGCUCAGAUCCACUCCUUCGAGGCCACGGCGCAGGUGAACUCAUUGUACAAGCUGGGACCAAAGCUAGCUCCGGGGAUGAGCGACCUGACAGUGGACAAUAGAGGAGCCGCGGCAGGGGCUGCAGCAGCUAUAGGGGGAGCGCCAGUGGCGGUAGUGGUGGUUGCAGCAGCAGCAACAACUCCGCUACAAAUAGAUUGUGACUCGGAAGAGGACACCACGACUCUCUGUCUGCAGUCGCGCAGGCCGAAGCAGCGCCACAUGUCCGGGGAUGGCCAUUUCAGCCACCAGGGCCCGUGGAAAGUCCACACGCAGAUCGACUACAUUCACUGCCUCGUGCCGGACCUCCUGCGGAUCACCAGCAACCCCUGCUACUGGGGUGUGAUGGACCGCUAUGAGGCCGAGGCGCUGCUCGAAGGCAAACCUGAAGGCACUUUCCUGCUCAGGGACUCUGCGCAGGAGGACUACCUCUUCUCUGUCAGCUUCCGCCGCUACAACCGCUCCCUGCACGCCCGCAUUGAGCAGUGGAACCACAACUUCAGCUUCGAUGCGCACGACCCCUGUGUGUUCCACUCCUCCACAGUGAGCGGUCUGCUCGAGCACUACAAGGACCCCAGCUCCUGCAUGUUUUUCGAACCUCUGCUCACCGUGCCCCUCAACAGAAACUUCCCCUUCAGCCUGCAGUACAUCUGCCGGGCGGCCAUCUCGAGGUGCACCUCCUACGAUGGUAUAGGCAUGCUCCCUUUGCCCUCUGUGCUCCAAGACUUCCUGAAGGAAUACCACUACAAACAGAAAGUCAGGGUGCGGUGGCUGGAGCGAGAACCAGUCAAGGUUAAAUAAAAAAAUGUAUAAUAAUUAUAACAGUAACCAUAUCCAAAACCCCAUGCGUACUAGCUUUUUUUGGUGCAAGCACAUGUUCUAGUUAUUGUAAAAACAACAACCCUGUUGUUUGUUAAAAAUGUAGCUGAUUUAAGUAGUUCUCACCUGCAUCUCUGCUGCUGUCUGCUAGAUAUCCGAAGUAUAUUGCAAAACCUGUUUCAAACUACAAGCAGUAAACUAACUGUGCAAGCACCUUGAGUUCAAUAUGUUUGUUUUUUCAACUCUGUUGUACAGUUUUUUCUGCUUUUUUUUUUUUGUUUAUCAGUGAGUUUUAAAGCAACUACAGUCCUCUUGUUUAAAACAGAAGUUAUAUUGGAAGCAUGAUACCUGUCCUAAAAAAGGAUAACCAAGAAUUGUCCAGUCAACCCUUAAGAACACGCAUGCUUAAAAUAGACAGGAUAGUGUAAAGUACACAGGUUCAUAAGCCUAUGGCUUUAAAACAUUCUUGCAGCAUUCCCCCAUCUUGCUUAUGUUGCCUCCGGUGUAUUGCUGCUGUAUUACUGCAGGCUUCUUUUGAAAUCCACAACUGUCUACUUGAUUUUGCCUUCUGAGUUGCAUCAUGUUUCUCUUUGCUUCUGAGUUGCAUCAUGUUUCUGUGUGCUGAGUUAAAACUAAAGGAAAAAAAACUCAAAAGCACUGCAGUUUUAACUAGCACAAAGCAAUACGACUCAGCAGGCAAAACACAGGUGAUCUUGACUGAAGACCGUGGUUGACAAUGAAACCCUUUGGAGGCAACCCUCCAGUUGGCAUUGAGUCUGAACUACGUGCUUAAAAGUAAGAUGUUUUGCAUGCAAUUUAUUAUUUUUUUAAAGCCAUACAUGUUUAUUACAUUAACACAUUGCAGUACAGUCACACUUUGAGAAUUGCACUAGAACUGUACUGUAGGAUGUGUGAUGCCUUAGUGGAUCCAAUGGCUGUUGGAUUUAUAAGAGCCAGCCAACACAGUAGUCCUGUAAGCCAAACUGCCGUAAAGCUAACUGGCGCUGGCGUGUUUGCCCUGGUGCUAAUGCUAGUAAGAAGUACCAGGAGGAUGUUGACCAAAGGAAUACCACCAGUUGCAGGCGUGUGAGUCCUGAGGCAAGGCAGAGGGGCCAUGCAGCCUGGAGAGUGUUAUUUCUUUUAUAAAAUCACUGUGAGAUGAGUGCAAUAGGGUGGGAUUUUUACAUGGGUAACAAUUGGUUUGUCUAAAACUUUAAAUGUGGACCAAACCAGGAAAAAAUAUCCUAAUGAAGAAUUUAAUAUGACAUAGGACAGCUAGCUAGAACAGCCAUAAAUGUUUUAUAGUUAUAUACCUAUACUUAGUAUUGGAGCAAAAAUAAACUUUAGUCAGUAUGUUAUGUGUGUAUAUGUAUGUGUAUGUGUUUGUAUACUGUUUAUAUACAGAGUUGAAAUACACAUUUUGCUAAUAUUUCUCUCCACCGGGAAUAAAAAUACUAAGUAGAUUUAAUAUAAUUUCACCUUUUUUAUUCUUUUGAUGCAUUUGUUUUAUUUUUAAACACAAGCACAUGUCAUUAACACUUAAAAAAAAAAAAAAAAAAGUAUUGCAUGCACAAGAAUUUUUCUUCACUAUGUAUUUCAAGGGCAGUAUGUGCUGCGUAUGUACAUUGUGUAUGUGUGUAAAAGAUAGAGAGAUGUAUACGGCAUGUCCCUGCUUAUUUAGGUUUAACACAAGUAGAGGGUUCUCCUUAAAGGGACACCAAUUUACUUUCAGAAUGGUGUAACCCAGGGUACAGUCAUUUAGGAAGACCGGUGCAGUCAUCUGAGACAACUCCUAGUCCGUAAAACAACCACAGAGUCCAGAAUUUUUCCUGGUUUGGCCAUUUCAAAGUUCAGAAUAUCUCCAAUGUGGAAAGGGUUAAAAUGUACUGCAAAUGCAAGCUAAACUGGGACAAAGUGGUUAUUGGGAGCAAGCCCUCCACAGGCGAAGGUUCUUAUUUACUAUUCCAAGUGAAACGACUGAAGAAACAGCUGCUUGGGUUUGUGAUGAUUGCUGCUUUUCGUAAGACUACACAAACCCAAGCAGCUGUUUCUCCACUUGUUUCACUUGGACUGGUGAAUUAGCCCGAUCAGCACCAAUGACCCUCACCUGUGGACAACUUGAUCAGAAUAAUCAACCUAGUGAAAGGUAUGGCUUUCAUCCGGUUUCCCUAAUUUGAGUACCACUACUGAAACCAAAUGCAAGUUCUUGACAGUUUUCAUAGAAAGCGUGACUACAUGUAUAACCUAUUAAUGUGUCUCUGCUGGAACACUAUGUUUUUAUUCUAUACAUAGUAGUAGGAUAACUGACUGUUUGAACAAGGUAAUAUAUCUUCACUUGCCCAUGUGUAUAGAUAUAUUUAGAUUUUUUGUUUUAUUGUAAAAAGGCACUUGUCAUGCUGGACGUGAUAUUUUUGUUUCUAAUACAGAGAAUUCUUCAUAAAAUAAAAUUACCAGAUGCAAAAAAAAAAAAAAAGCCUACAAGUCAACACGCACACACAAGUCAUUUAAGAUGCACGUUAAAAAGCUAAGUUAACUGGUAAGACACUCCCUCUUUAGUCAUAUUUUUGGUUUAGCCAAUUUUGCAAGGAGAAAGCUGUCGUUGUUUUUUACAAUCGAUACUUUAAAUUCAGGUUACACAGACGGAAAUGCAUCUAAUGCAAUCAAAUCUGAGCACCUGAGUUGCUUUUAAACUGCUGCGCUGUUUUUUUGCUUAAACGCGUAUGCUAAUGAGCACUAAAUACACUUUCUGUCUUGCCAAAAAGUAUUGCAAAUUUGUAAUCAACAUUAGUCCUUUUCGAUAGCCAGCAUAUGUCAGAGCUUUCAUGAAAGAAAAAAAAUAUGUGCCUUGAUAUUGCUGCUUUUCUUGUGCAGAAAUAGGGAUCUUGCUUUACUAGGUAUAUAUGCUUUACGUUUUGAAAACAAAGCAGAACUUGAUAUGUUUAACCUCUUGUACUGUACUGUGUGCAUCCUGAUGCUUUUUGUUUAUCUGAAGGAGGGGAUGGAUCACAGCAAUGAUGUUGCAGACUUGCAUAGAGGUUCAAUCAGGAUGAUGUUCUUGUGCUUGCGCCUAUGUUUUCGUGCAGGUUUUUCAAAUGAGGAUGUUUGAGUGGGGCCAGUAUUGAGUUUUUCUGAAGAAGCAGUCAUCCCCUGCACAGAAAACUGAGUUGACAUGUUUACUGUUACUUGUAUGCACAACUUUUACCAAACACAACUUACCAUAUGACAACCAAAAUAACCAUUUGCUUUUAUGAUUGAUUGAAUUAAGUAAAACAAAUAAAACACUAUAGGUGGUGCAAGUUACCAAUGAUCUGGACAUUUUAAACUGGAAAGAAUUAGUGUUGCACAAACCGAUUUAUUCAAUUAUUCAGAUAAGCUCUCCAGAGUAGAAUGUCGUUGGUGUGGAUUGGGCUAAUUCACCAUUACAAGUGAAUCAAGUGAUGAAAUACUUGAUUCAGAUCUUCAAUAUUAAUUGCGUAUCUUCUGAAAAAUCCUGGCUUCCCACCCCAGCAACCUCAUGAGGCUUGUCUAGUGAUUUCCACACAGGUUGUGCAGCAAGAGCUUCUAGUAGUUUCUAUGGACACUAAUGGUUUAAAUGCACUUGUAAAAUGUAUUAUAAAAGCUUUACAAAAACAGGUUUAUGUUAAAAGUAGCAUAGGGGCAUCUGUGUUAUAGAAUGCCAGUUACAUGUAAACUCAUUUUAAUUAAGAACUGUUGGAGUAUGUACAGUAUAAACAUGUUGCGUUUUUAGCUGUAGCAACAGUACAUAUAUAUUUGUAUAUUAAUCUCACCAGCAUGGAUAACCUAUUUGUUACACCCAAGUAUAUGUUCACUGUAUCCUAUUUCUCUUCUGUAUUUCUUAAAAAAAUAAAU